AUGGCUACAACGUCACAAUAUGUUGAAGAAAAGGAGAUAAACUACUUGGAGAUAAUUUCGACGUCGGUUUUUGUGGGGAUCGGGCUGAUCACGAUCGUCGUUUACGCAAGGAUACUCGUCUACCAUUGGCGCAACGGGUUCAAGACGCACUUUCAGAAGAUUUUGAUCGUUUUUGUGGCAAAUACAGGACCAAUCCCUCUUCUUCUGAGGAUAUCUUACGCUUUUGCGUUCAAGUAUCAGGUCCUCGGUACGCUUUUGGUGGCCCUGAAUCGGGCAAGUGCCAUCGCCAAGCCCCAGGUUUAUGAUAAGGAGCUCUACUCGCUCGCCUUCAUCCCGCUUUGCACAUUUAUCGUGGUCCUUACGCUUUUUGUGAAUCUGUACACUGGGAUACGUCUUUACACUUAUGGUCGGACCGCAACGCGUAGCCAACGGCUGAGCAGGCAGGAGAAUACUUUCCACAUGACGACGAUGGCACAGUUUUUGGUGCAGAUGCUGAACGCCAUCGACUCGGUGAUCACCGCCACGCAGGACAUGGACGCGUACUGGUUCUUCUUUCACUUCGCACCCGUCUUCAGUGAUGUGUCGAAUUUUUUGCCAAUCUGGUUCCUGCUCGUCGUCUCCCCGGACACGCGUAACAUCGUGCGUUACGGCUCGGCCGGCGGGCCCACCAGGGCAAAAAGCCCAGUUUUCUUGCAUGCGCCCAGGUUUCUCCUCGCCCUCUCCGACGAGACGAGAAAGAUGGUCUUCCGACAUAACCGAGAAGAUAGCAAAGAAACGACCAUCUCAAUCGCCACUGUCAAAUCGCACGCCGGCAACCGGAAAUUC